CUCUUUGUCUGCAGGAAGGAGAGCAGAGCAAUGCAGCUCCUCUCCAGCUUUAAAGCCAGCCUCGCCUGGGCUCUCCUUAGCGUGGUUCUGGGGAUGGAGUUAAGUUUGCAGGAAAGUUUACUGUUAAAAUCCUUGGGUUUGAGCGCCAAGCCCAGCCCAAAAACCCCCGUUCCUGUGCCGUCUGUGCUCUGGCGGAUCUUCCAGAAGAGAAAGAUGCUGCCUUCUACAAACAAGGACCUGGCAGAUGCCUGUAGGGUGGAGGAAUUUAAUGUCCCUGGGAACAUCAUCCGUGUCUUCGCUGACCAAGGCCACUUCAUUCAUAACGGGCAGCCCCAGAGGUUGCUGUGUCUGCAGAAGCGUCUGUACUUUAACCUCUCCGUGCUGGAGGAGGGCGAGCGCUUGACGAUGGCUCAGCUAGAGAUCAAAUUCAGUCACAACUCCUACCACGCCUCCAGCCAGGGGCAGGUUUUUGAGCUGAGGCUCUACCAAACCUCCCAGAUGUCUCUACGGGGGAUGGCCUCCCACGAGAACAGCCGAAAGCUGCUGGUGGAGCAGUCCUUCGCCCAGCUGCGCAAAUCUCUCCUCUUCAACCUGAGCGGGGUGGCGAAGGACUGGAGAACGCGCAGCAGGAAUCUGGGCUUGAUCCUGGAGAUCUCGGUGAGCGGCGGCGAUGGUGCAUCAGCCCCGGCGAGUGUGGGGCCGCGGAACCGCUGUGCCAGCAUCGAUUCCUUCCUGGACACCUCUCUCCUGGUGGUGACCCUCAGCCAGCAGCAGUGCAAGGCUUCCAGGAGGAGGAGAAGCGCUCACUACACCCCUGUCACUCCGAGCAACCUCUGCAAGCCCCGGCGGCUUUACAUCAGCUUCAGCGACGUCGGCUGGGAGAACUGGAUCAUCGCCCCGCAGGGCUACAUGGCUAAUUACUGCCUGGGCGAGUGUCCCUUUCCCCUGACGGCGGAGCUGAACAGCACCAACCAUGCCAUCCUCCAAACCAUGGUGCACUCGCUGGACCCGGAGGGGACCCCCCAGCCCUGCUGCGUCCCCGUCAGGCUGUCCCCGAUCUCCAUCCUCUACUACGAUAACAGUGACAACGUGGUGCUGAGGCACUACGAGGACAUGGUGGUGGACGAGUGCGGCUGCAGAUAGCGGAGCGGCUGCCGUGGGGUCCCGUCUGAAAUGUUGAAUGAUUGAUGGAAUAAAUCCAAGUGUGUUAAAUCCCCUCUGUGCUGGUGUUCAGGGAGUUUCCCGGCGGUGCGUGGAGUGUCGGAGCCCACCCUGGGCUGCCCUUCUCCAUGUGCAGCCAGGGUGGAGGUCUGGCACGAAGGGAUCGUUACUGGAGUUGUGAUUUAGUAAUAGCUGGGUGCUCAGCCCUCCGAGCAGCCGUCUGCUGCAGCCAGCAAACUAUUAACGGGAUUAUGAUCCAGUCUGAUGCUGGUUGUCUCUUCCGUUCUCCACGGGCCAUGGCAGCACCAGGUUGUGAAUCCCGGACCCCUUGUGCUUGGCCAAGCCGCUGCUGGUGCUAGCGAGGCACCCGCUCGGGAGAGCAGCAGCGGGGCUUGUGCUUUUUGGCUUUUUGGCUAAAUGCUGCAGCUUUCUCUGUGCAAAAAGAAAUGAUUUUUUUUUUUUUUUUUUUUUUUUGUGAAAUGAUGCUGGUGGUUCCCUGCUGCUCGGGUGCAGGGUUAGGCUGCAGCGCGGCUGUGCUGGGAGGAGGUGACGCGGUGGCUCCGGUCCUGCUGCAGGAAGAGGUAUGGUGUCACGGCACGAGCCGCAUCGCUGCGGCUCUGUGUGACUGAAUCCUUUCCCACGGGGGAGGCAGAGCCCGGAGGUGCGCGGGUUUCUCUUUCGCUGUAGGAACUCAGGCCUGAGCUAUUUUUUAUUGUGUGGUUGGCGAUGGGGCGGUUUGGGGUGGGGGGUGUAGGUGGCUCGGAGGUGCUGGAGGAGCCCCUGGGAGCUGCCAGACCGAGGGGCAGGUUGCUGCGUGACGGAUGGUUUUUGGCUGAUGAAAAAAGGGUAAAGCAGGGGGAUGUGGUGCAGUGGAGUCGGUGGCAUCUUGUUCCCUCCCAGCCCGCUUGUGAGUCAGUAGUUAGUUAAUUUACUUCAUUUGCAAAUUGAUGAGACCAGGGUGGUGUGUGUGAAUGUUCCUGCUCGCUGGCCUGAACCACGGCUGGAGCCAGAUGGCAGCCGAGCAUCAGGCAACGGCGGCUCGGCACAGCACAGCAGCGUUACAGCCCCGAUACGUCAGGCACCACAUUCACACGGUUGUGCAUUUUAGGGUUUGGUUGGUUGUGGGUUUUUUUGGGUUUUUUUUGGGGGGCUGUGGUACCCAGCCCAUUGCAAUAGUGUGACUGUGCUCUUACCGAGUCUGUUUAAGGCCACUAACGAGCUAGCGGAGCAGUGCUGUGCAGCAGGGACCCAGCUUUGCACCACCUCGUCUGAGCAACAGUGAUCACUGAUGGAGGAGUUGCUGCUUUUCUUCCACCUUCCAGCACGUGGGCUGUGAACUGUGAUUGCAGCUAGAGGUUUAAAGCUGUUCCCUGUGUUGUGCUGGCCUGUGUUAAACAGCCAACACAGCUGCACGUGGGGCCCUGGGCUGAGGUUUAGCACCAGCCCUUCCAGGUGAGGCUUUCCUGACACAGCUGCAGCUUUGCUUUUUUUUUUUUUUUUUUUUCUGAAAAGGAAUCUGAGUUAACUUGAAUCUUUUGUCUUUUUUUUUUUUUUUUUUUUAAAUGUGAACCUGACACCAUAGCAUAGAUUAUUUUUGUUUGUUUGUUUUUGUACUGAUGUUGUAUUGUCAAGGUCUGAUGAAGUAUUACCAAGCUAAGCUGGGCCUUCUCCCUCCAGGGAAGCACUGAAGGUUUAACCACUGUUGGGUUUGCAGAGGAAAUGUCUUCCCAUCCCCUGUGACAGUGUUUUUGCUAACACCCCUGAACUGCGUAGCUGAUGACCAGGACUGGAGUAGCUUGAGUACUUUAGUUGUGUAGUGUACUAAUGUUUUCAGGUCCAAAUGUGUUUCUUGACAGUGCCAUGGACUUAGAGAGCUCCAGGGCAGGUCAGCCCUGCUUUACUCCAGCAGCUGAACAAGAGCUAUGCUGAAACCCAUUUCAAGCACUCAAAUGUUUUAAGGGCUUAGAGUAGGACUGACUGAAUUAAAGCAAGCAGGAGCCAUUUCUUUCAAAUUUAAGAUGGGCAGGAUAAAGAAAACCUUUAAGUAUUAGGUUUUGUUGUGCCUGUGCUGUGGCAGAUCAAGGGCUCAGCUCAUUUAACACCCAGUGAGUCAGGCUCACUCCUUACCUGGUUCUCCAACAUGGUGGAGGGCAACCGCCUGCCUCCAUCGCGCUGUCCAAGCACUGAGACUCUGGGGAAUGGCGUGAGGAGGUGAGUUACAGCAGCGACCAGACCCAGAGACAGCCCUGGAGUAGCUGUAAUCAGCUUAUAGCCAGGGCAGUGCCAAGACCAGCCCUAAAUGCUGAAGCUGCAUUUCAGCAGACACUGAGCUGUGACCGGAGCCAGGCCAAGCUUUGCUGAGCAACUGCCUGUAACAGAGGUAAAAGCCAUUUUUGUGUUUACUGCAGCACAGGGGAGGCAGGAGGGAGGAGAGAUCUUCCAUGCUGGACUGGUCACCUCUAGAACCAGCCCUCUGUAACUCUUGCAGCUCCCCCCCUGCACCCCACACAUGGGCACAGACCACCACCACGGGGCUCCUCAUGGUCCCCUUUGAGCCAGAGGAGGAAAGAGGGGUAGGGCAUUUAACAGAGUUUUCACAGUUCAUUUGCUUACCCAUGUAUGCUAUGCACACACCACACUUUUGUACUAGUCUGUGUUUAAAAAAAAGUAAUAAACUUGAAGUUUAUACAAUCA